UUUUCGUGCCAAAGUCUGUCGAUCAUGGGUUCUAAAAAUAUAUUGCCGUCUUAAAACGCGCUUCCAUCGAGCGUACUUUUUUUCUUGUACAGAAACGUUGCCUUACACAUUAGAACGGUUUCUGUAGGUACUGUACACUUAUCACUGCUAUCGCAGCCGGCCGUACAAUUCUUGAGGCGUAUCUGUAAAUAACUGAUGUUUGGUUGUUUAUUUUUGUAUUCGGUUUUCGAGUAAACUACCGAAAGAAAUUUAAAUUUCGAAAUACUUCGCGUCUGUGACUGGAUAUUUGGAUGUAAUUAUGGUAGAGGCUGAUUCGCAGUUUAUUGAUCAUGAGAUAAAAAUGCUAAAUUAAUACAGGAUAACGGAAGCUUGCGUAUAUCAGCUGCUUAUAGAAGAGACACUGAGAUACCCCUCUGCUGAAGCUUCUGCUUUAUACCAUUUACUUUUCGAUCUGGAUAACUCAAAUGGAUCGAGCAUCACAUCCCAUCGGCCCGUUUAUUCGGUUUCUCAUUCUUUUUGGAUUUGUAAUAUAUUUUUGUAAUUGGUUCGUGGUGUCUGGACAAAAUAUUUCUCUAGAAAAUGCUUCGCUGAGUGAUGCGCCAAAUCGACCAGCCUCUGAUAUCGAAGGCGGAAAUGCAGAAACGGCUGACCUGGAAGUCAAUCAACAAGCAGCUACAAUGACCCCGGAUCCCGUAAAGAUACUGGAGAGCUUCCAUAACUUACAAACCGAAACCACAACCAAUGACUACAAUAAGUGCGAACGCUUCAACAGGGUGUGCUGUGCCAAGAUUUUGGAGGACAUAGCACUCAACAGGAACAUCCCAACACAGGACGACAUCUGUCGCGACAGAGGCUACGAAGAAUGCAAAUGCGCCGCCACCCCCGUGGAUUCCGGGGUUGACACGAAAACCCUUCCUGAUCCUGUCAUCGCCACCUAACUGAUGGGCAAGCGGGAAAACCUGCUAUUCGGGUGACCAUGCAUGAUGCAGGGGUCAUAUUUUGAAAUGAAAACCAACUUCUUUACUUACGUGAUCCUUUGUGGCAUUAGUCUUAAUCGACAGAUGCAACAGCCCACUCUUCAUUUAAGUAAUAGUAAUUAAACAUGCUUUACAAUUAGACAGCGGCGUCGCUUCAGGAGACUUUGUUUACGAGUUUUCCAUUAUACAAAACUGUUAAAUUCAACCGCUCAACUGAGCAACGUAAAACAUUAUAAAAUCAAUGAGAAUUGUUUUGACUUGGGUUUCAUGCCUUACGUUUAUAAUUUGCGCAUAAAUCAUGCAAUAAAAUGAUUGCUUAUAAAUACUUAUAAGAUUUAUUAAUUAUAAGUAAGGGCAACCGUGCACAGUUGCAACAUUCUUCAUGUGCGCAGUUUAUAACUAUGUAAAGGGUCUGCAACUACUAGAGUAGUACAGUACAUGUAUGUUGCACUGUAAGAGGGUGCAUGCUUCCCCGUAGCAGCCCGUAGUAAGGGAAUGUUUCGGGUGAUUUAAUUUCAUGGAGAGCAUGCAAUCUGUAUUCAAAGGGCGAGGGUUUGCUUACCGGUACCGGUGAAGGAGUCCAGUCCGCGAUCGCAUACAACGGUUCCAGUGGCAGCUUAUUCCAUUCACUUUAUUCACCGCAUGUCAUUGUCCGCAUGUAUACGACCAGUACUUGCUAAAAUCUUGUUUGACCAAACUGCAGCGAUACAUAUUUGCUACAAUAUUUUUUAUAAAUGUUAUCAUGGGCUGUUAUUUACUGGAAAGUACACUUGC